AUGGAGAGGAGCAAAAUACAAGAGCUUUAUGAUGCUUGUCAUGCCUUGUUUUCUCAGGAGGGCCUUCCAACUUUUCAACAAAUCCACUAUCUGAAAAAUUUGCUAGACAAAAUUGAAGCCAUAGAUGUAGGAAUCGACGAGUUCGGGUCCUGUGAUUCUCCGACUUCAUACUCAAACGUUGAUGGAAGCAGGGGUUUGCUUUGUGGGCAAGGUUUCUCUGAAAUAACAUACAUUCACAUUCAUGAAUGUGACUACUUUUCUAUAGGUGUGUUCUGUCUUCCAGCAGGGAAAGUAUUUCCACUUCAUGAUCACCCGGGAAUGACAGUGUUGAGCAAGCUCUUAUAUGGCUCUGUGUAUGUCAAAGCUUAUGACUGGAUCACAUUGGAUUGUACUGGGUGCCAAACAAUAGGAUUGGCAGGAAGGGUAGUGGAUGAAGUAAUGAAAGCACCACACGAACCAUCAAUAUUGUUUCCAAGAAGUGGUGGCAACAUUCAUUCUUUUACAGCGUUGACGCCAUGUGCAAUACUAGACGUGUUAUCUCCACCAUACUCUGAAGAGUUUGGAAGGCCUUCCACUUACUACUCAGACAUCACUAUACCUUCUCUUACUGGCUAUGCCAUGCUUGAGGAGAAACCGGUGCCUAAUGACCUAGUCGUUCAUGGAGCGCCAUACCUUGGACCCUCAAUUGUAACCGUGUACGAUUACAGCUUAGGUCAAAUCAGUUUUGAUAAUCACGUAUGA